CAUUUUUGGCCUCAUUCAUGCAUUUUCCUCCCAUCUCAGCUUCAGUUUGGUCUCCUCCCCCAAAGCGGGCCUGGUUUGGUUGUCAAAUCUGGAUAUUCUGUGAAUUUUCUGACAAAUUAUUUCUGAAAUGACUUUUACUGAGACACCGCCGGAAAAACCAUACAUCCCAAAACGUAUUUGAUAGCCUUAAAUGCUGUUGUACACCCGUUUUGUUAGAGCGACUGUGAUAUUUGCUAAAAGAAACCUUUUUGUUUUGGGAUAUAUUCAGGCUUUGUCAUAUUUUUCUUGUUUAAUUGGAGCAUAGAAUAUAGCAUUAACAUUUGUAAACUAGUAACAGCCGUAAUUCAUGGGUCAGGUUAGUUUGCUAUAAAGUUGAAAAACAAAAACAGAAGAAGUCAGUGGGCUAGCCUGAGUUUGCGUGAAUGGGCGGGGCUGACUCUGGUGCAGCUCCACCUUAUGGUGCAGCUCCGCCUUUGUAGUUCUGCAGCGAGCACCCUCUCAUUUUUUUCACUGACAAAUGAAUCAUCAAACCAAUUAGAUAAGUUUUCACUUACAUGAUAUCCUCAAAGGGAGUGAUUACGUCAGAGACAUGUUUAAGGUGGCUGGUCUGAAAAAAAUAGUCUGAUCCCAUAAGGAGGAAUUCUUCUCAGAUGAUCUGACAGAUGUUCUUCAUGAGGAUUGCCUGCGCGCACUAACAUGGAGAGCUGGCUACUGACAACUGUUUUCGUUUUAUCCUCAAUAUUUUUAUCUAAAACAGAAGAUGUGACAAGACUGGACUUUUCCUGCCUCAGAUUGUCUCACACCGACGGACAGACGCUCGUUACGUUUCUGCGCAAAGACGCAGCCGGUGCGCGCUUCCUCCUGUACCUCACCAGGUGGACGGAGGACUCACGGUUUAUAGCGUGCGACAUCCAUCCACACCCGAGUGUCACGGAGGGCUACCGCGCUUUCUGCGACAAAAACCAAACACAGGAUCAGGAAAUUCAGAAAAGGUUCAAUUUGAGUGCGCUGCUGCAUCCGGAAGCUCCAUGCGCGCUCACGCCUUCCCGGGCACCAGAAGGGACAGAGAGGGGAGCUCGGAUGAAACGCUCCUGGAUAUUCCCAGGAACCUUGUGGUGUGGAAGUGGGAGCAAAGCGGCCGGCUACGAGCAGCUAGGUAUGUUUGAGAGAGCAGACAGAUGCUGCCGUGAGCAUGACCACUGCUCGCGCAUCAUCCCAGCUUUCACUGUGAAUUACGGCGUCUUCAACCCCAACGUCUUCACAGUCUCACACUGCGAGUGUGACCAAAGGUUUCGACAGUGCCUCCUGGGCAUGAAUGAUAGCAUUUCAGGUAUGGUGGGCUACAGCUUCUUCAACAUCCUGAAGGUUCCCUGCUUUGAGCUGAAGCAGCUGAAGCGGUGCACACAGAUGUACUGGUGGGGAAUGUGCAAAGUAGCCAAAUUGGCUCCGUAUGCUGUGUUCAGAAGCCCUCUGCCCUACAACAGCUCUGAAGUUUCAAGCGAUUACAUGCAGACUGAUAGCAGGAAUUCAACAAGCAGCAAACACCGUCAUUUGUCAAAAGCUCAGAGGAAACCAGCCAAAUCUAGACACAGAUGUGGCCUCAAAGAGCCACCAAGAGGAGACGGUUUUGACUGCAGAAGGACAAAAGGAAGAAGUUAUGAAAAGCAACAGAAAAUAACAAAACUAGAACCCUCACACGUGCACACAACACCCAUCACACACACUACAACUCAGAGAGAGAAAACUGCCACUGUGAGGAUAGAGAGAAGAAGAACUGGGAAAAAGAAGGGUAGGAGAAAGGGCUUUGCAGGCCUUGUACAGAAAAAUAACAUCUCACUGACAAGCCCUGGUCCUCACACGUCCUUCACGACCUCUUCAAGAAUUCCACCCUCAACACAGAGGCUGAAACUUCGACCCAACGCAAAGGCAGCAGCGAAAGAGGCGACCAAAUACACUAAAAGGAACAAAAAAAUCCAAAAUCAAGGAGGAUCUAGCAUACCUGUGAAGAAUAACAAUCCUCUGUUACAUUGUGCAAACUGUCUAGAACAGGAAACACUUCACACAACGACUGGUUCUCAGGUGAAAACCAAAGAAUCACCAUUCAGUCUGAUGAAAAAUAAGAGCAUUCAAAUUAAAAAGACAACAGAAGUCCACAAGAAGACUGCAGAAAGUCUUUCAACUACCACCAAGACACGACUAAAACCUUCAGCAUGCUUUCUUAAAGAUUGUCAAAAAGGGUUAGGCGUCUAUCUAUUGUCAAACAAAACAACCCAGCAGCUCCUAGGAGGAAACACCAAGGCUGGAGACCUCAAACCAAAGGAGAGAUCAAUAAAUAAUAAUCAGCUGCAUGAGCUGACAGAUAAUCAGCUCCAGUGUCGAGGCCUCACACAUCUGGAUGACUGUAAAUUCAAAAUCCCUCCACUAGAGAAGAAAUAUAAUCUACAGAAUAUGGAUUCCAAGACUGCUUACCACUGUGACUGCACCAGCCAGUUGGCUGUUCAGAUUGAAAACUUGAAGAAAGCCAGCAUUCCUCCAUCUCUCUUGGUGGAUUUUGUCUCUCAGCAGUGCUUUACUCUGCCAAAGGAGACAAAAUGUAAUCGCAAAAAAAGAUGUGCUGAAGGCUUCACUAAAGCCUCUGACCUACAUCGAGCACUUAAGAAGCUAAAGGAAAAAGACGCUCCUGAGAUGGGAUUUUCAGCUAGUGACAGAAAAAAAAGGAUUCCCAUUCGCCUUUAUAAGCACUGCCUUAAGCUACAGAUGAAAGCUGAUAUAAUGUCAAAACUAAAUGACUGAGCUGUGUGCAGCACUAAUUUGAAAAGGUUCAUGUUUCAGACAGACUUGAUCCUUAUUUUGUUAUUUGUUUUUUGUUCAACUGGCAGUCAUUUGACUGGCUUUUGUAAUAAUUGUUAAAUUUAUUUUUCAAUAAAAAAGCAUUUGACAUGUGAGUGUUCAUUUUUGUAUUAGUUUAAUCAAUUUUCCCCAAAUUUCUUUACUGCCCAGUUAUCAUUAAUGUCUCCAAUUAGAGGAAAUCUUAUUUAUAACAUUGUAUAAAUGUUUUAUUUAGCAGAGUUGAGUUUGGUGCAUUGGCCUGGACCUCACCUAUAGUCUCAGCACAUUGUGUGGCCCUCUGGGAAAAUUAAUUCCCCUCCUCAGGCCUGAAUGUAUGCAAAAUGUUUCAUAAUGGAGCAAAUACUCUAAAAAAAACAUCAAAAACAAGAAAGAACAAAAUGUAACGUUCUAAAUUUGAAGUCAUCUUCCUAAUAUUAAAGGGGAACGAUAAUUGUAAGUAAUUACACAAAGCAUACGAAAAAAAUGCACAAAUGGCUUGCCAUUUAUCACAAAGUUAGCGAACCAGUGGCAGCCCUCAGCAUUACAGUUCCACCUCC